AUGGUGGAUUACGUGAAAUUUAGAAAUUCGUCUCCCUUACCGAGGAAAUCGAAAAAGUUUGAUGGCGCUCGGUAUAAGGAGUACCUUUACGGAUCCGUGGAGUCUCUAGAUAUGGACUGGGCUGAUAAAAUUGUGGACUAUAAUCCAAAUAUGAAGCUCGAUACCAGCGAGUUCACUAAGCUUGUCGACCGGAAUGUUUCGAUGAGCACCGAGUGCGGCUUUGACCCGAAAUCGAGCUUAAACUCCAAUGAUUUGAGCUCAAAUGAGGACUUAAACCUCUCCCUGACGGAAUACACAAGCCAUGAGGCUCAAUUUCAGCAGCUCGUCAAAGGCGGCUACGCAAAGGCCGUUAUAUCGCCCUGCGUUGACCAGCACAAAUCAACUUACGACAAUAAGAUGUUUAACUUUGUCGAGUACCAGAAGCACGAGGUGCUUCAGAAAAAUUUCGAUGAGUUACAGAAAAAAUACGACAAUCUGAGCGCGGAGUUCUCUAAAUAUAAGGGGGAGCAGGAGUCGUAUGUAAACGACGCGGAGCUCUACAGGUCGUGCAAGCAGAGGAUGGGCGAUUAUAAGGUCGAGUUGGACUCAGAAGACGACCCGAAGCAGUGCCUCGAGCUUUUGCUGGAGCAAAUUUACGCCAUUCUCUCGGACACCUUCGGGCCCGAGAACACUCUGGUGCUGCACCUGGAGAAGUUCGCAAACAUUUACAUGGACUACCAGAACAAAACCGAAGUUGAGCUCGCGGCACUCAGGGGCAAGGCCGAGGUUGUCGACAGCCUUGAAAAGCUGAUUGCCGACAAGGCCGAUUACGACAAGUUGGUUGAACAGAAGGACAGGACCAUCGAGUCGCUGGUCGACGAGCUGAAAACGUCGAAACUUGACCAUGCUGAUGAGUUGACGAGUUUGAAGAACGAGUUUGACAGCGUCAGCGCCGAGUAUCAUGUGAAGCUGGAGCAGUAUGGGCGUGAUCUGAGUAAAUACAAGGGGGAAAGUGAGUCGCUGGGCGAGCUGGUGACUCACUGGAAGAACCAGUACACCAAAUUGCUUGACGACCAGCACCAAAUAUUAUCGCAACUGCCCGUGGCAACGCUUACGACUUCAAACGACUCCACCCAGAGUCAGGAACUCCACAAAUUAGACUUUAAAGCCAAUUCCGCCGGCGCUAAACUCACUUCCAACGGUGCCUUCGGCUGGCUCGAGGACAAAUUGUCCUUCAGCUGGAAGGGCCCUGACCACAGCCCAGCUGUAAACAACGGCAGCAACGGCCCUGCCUUGAAACAUGAUCCCUUCAAACCUUCCUUCGUUCCCCUUAUUUCUGGCGGCGCCUCUGCUAAUCCCUGGGUCAAACUGGGCGAUAAGCCCACUUGGAACCCGGCCACCGACUCUGUGGGCAAAAACAAACCUGCUGGUUCCAGCUUUGAUAAUAAAUUUUUACAGUCUUUGGUGGAGACCUUGUACAAGAAGAACGAGCAUGCGAUCGACGAACUCAGGAAGAAAGACGAGGAGAUUAAGAAGCUGAACGAUUCCAUCUCCAAGCUUAGGCAGUCCGUUAAGGAGUGGGAGUCUGAUGCCGUUUUGUGGCUCGACUACGUCGAUCAGUCCAGUUCAGUGCUAAAGGGCGUACAUUAA